UUCCAUUUCACUUGCUAGAAAUUAUAAACCAUAUUCAAAUAUUUAAAAAAAAAUAUUUCGAGUGUAACAAUGGUUAGAGCCCCAUGUUGCGAGAGGAUGGGACUAAAGAAAGGCCCAUGGACACGUGAAGAAGAUGAAAUUCUUGUCAACUACGUUAAUAAGUACGGUCAUGACAACUGGCGCGCUCUCCCUAAACUAGCCGGUUUACUAAGAUGCGGAAAAAGUUGCAGGCUCAGAUGGAUUAAUUAUCUUAGACCCGAUAUCAAAAGGGGUAACUUUACAAGAGAAGAAGAACAAAUCAUCAUACAAUUGCAUGCAGCCUUGGGAAACAGAUGGUCAGCUAUUGCAGCACAACUACCAGGACGGACAGAUAACGAGAUAAAGAAUGUUUGGCACACUCACUUAAAGAAACGAGUGGAUCACAAUCACAAACCCGAAAAACAAUACCAGGUCUCAAAUUUUCAGCAGCAAAAUUCCGAAUUAAAAGAAGAGUAUGUCGAGGCAUCACCGUCUUCAUCAUCAUCGAAGCUGACGGAGAUAAAUUCCGGUGAUGGUGGUCGAACGAAUAGUAUUCAACUUCAUUCUCCUCAGCAUUCUUAUAGUGAGAUCUCUUCGGUGAUUACAAUGGAUAAAGGUGACAUGCAAGUUCUCGGAAAGUUAGAACAAAUGGAUGAUGAUUUCUGGUCGGAGAUUUUCUCAGGUGAAAAUUCCGGUGAGUUAACGGAGGUUAAAGGAGGGUAUAAAUACAAGUCUAGCAUGCAUGAUGACAUGCAGUUUUGGUUCAAUGCAUUAACGAGUGGGGAUGAGUUACUAUGAACCUAAUUUCACCUAGCUUUUUUUUAAUCAUUGUAUUGAUUUUUGGUUAGAAAAAUCAUUCAAUCAAAUAGAUAAAAUGAAAGAAAGUUUUGUGCAACAAGAGUGGUCAACUCUUUUAACAUAAAUGGAUUUGUAUUGGUAGAGCGACCAU